AUGGGGUAUUAUUAUCUGCAAUAGUAAGGAUUGGAACGGGUCGACGUAUUUGGUUAAAUAGUAUUUCUUCGUAUGAAUAAACAAGCCUAUUUUCGAACCAAGAUAGGAGGUACAAUAUCAUUGGCAGUGUUAUUUUUAAUGAUAUAUUUCUACUCUUAAAGUUUACGAUCUUUUUUCCUUAAAGAACAACUAAGAGUUAUCUCAGCCAAUUAAUAUGAAGACGAAGUCUAGUCAAUCUAAUUAGACCAAUCCGAUUUCAUGUUUGCUUUUAAAAUAGAGUAAAAUAAUUUUACUACAUCACCUUUCUUUAAUUUAACACUGGAAUAAAAGUAAAUUGAUGAAAAUGAUAUUCAAGAAAAUAUUAAAGAUUACCAAAUGGCCAAUAAAACAAAAUAUCAACCAUCAUACCUCUGGUGCCUUGUACAAGUGAGAGAUUUCAAUCCACUUUCUCUAGAUAUGGGAUUGAUUUUGUAGAGAAUUUCAAUAGUUUUGGAAUUGGUGAUUUUUUAUGUCCCGAGUAAAAUGUAUAACAAAUAUACUAGGUACAAUAACACAAUAUUUGUUGGAGGCACUUACACAAGCAGUGAUUUCCAAUUUUUGACCCUAACCAUAUCACAUUGCGAAAGUAAUGAAUAAAUUUCAUGUGCGUCAAAAGAAACAGUAGAUUAAUAUUUUUCAAGUACUGGUUCAUUUAAACUACAAAUUUACACUAUCAAUUAAAUAAUUAAUCCGUACAAAUAAAGAUAUGGAUCAGCAUUUUUGGAUGAUCAGAUAUAUUUCACAUUUGUACCCAAUCAACUCAAUCGAAAAGCUAACAUAUACUUUAGGAAAUAUGAGUUCAUUAAUGAUGAAAGUCUAUUGCCGUUCAGGUAUCAAUCCUAAUUAUCAAGUGAUAUAUAAGAAGAUACAGUUUUCCUAAUUGAUCAAUCUGACAUUAAGGAGAUGUCAGACAUUGGCACCACUCUUGAUGCAUCAUAUGCAACCUUCAAUUUUCGAUUAAAUCCAUUCAAGACUAAAUUCACUCGAAGUUUCUAAAAAAUUGAUGAGCUUUUAUCCAAUCUAGGUGGUAUCUAGUAGAUAUUCUUCUUCUUCAUUGGAUUACUUGUUGGUAUUUACAAUAGAAUACAAUUUUUGGUUGAAUUGGCUAACAAAUUAUUUGAAUUUUAAUUGGAUUCAUCUAUUUAGAAUAGAUAAUACCAGGAAAAUCUUGAAUUGAUUGAUGAAUUCAUCUAACAUAGAGAAAAUCAUCUCCACGUAAAUUCUAAUGCAGAAAUAGAUGAAAUAGACAAUUAAUAGGUCGAGGACAAACUCUCACCUGAUAUCUCGCAAAGAUAUAAUUUACUGAAUUUAUUUUUAAAUACUGGAGGCAUGGUAUAAAAACCUACUAAUCAAACAAAAUCAAGCAAAGAAACCAGCAAGCAACAUUACAUUCUGGCUGAAAAAUUGAAGUUCAUAUCUGGGCUGGAUUACUUCCAAAAACAAAUAAUAAAAAUAAUAGAACGGCAGAAACCGAUUUUUUUAGAUUUUCAGAUUUUAUGCAAUUAUAUUAGUUGUGGCAAACUAUUUAAAAAUUAACCAAAAGUUAUUCUGAUGAACAAAGCUUUUGACAACAUAAUUGACUAAUUAGAUGUACAUCAUAUAUUAUUGAAGUUGAACGAAUUAGAAAAACUCAAAGAAACUAUUUUGAAUUAUAAAUAAUUGAUGAUGUUCAAUUUUACUCCCAAACCUUUAAUAAAUCUUGAUAGCAUUACCAAGGAACCUUCAAGACAGCUCAUUGAACAAAUAGUGAAGUCUCCUGAGGCUAUGGAUAAGACUGAUUCUGAUACUAUUGAAAUGAUUAAUUAUAAGAAAAUGAGCAGAAAUUAACCAAAUCUUUUUGGGGAUUACUUAAUUUACUCAAAAAUAUUCAAUGCAUAUGAUGAUAUAUUACAAUCUAGUGAUACGGUAUAUUCAAAUAAAGCAUUGAUUCAAAAACUUGGACCUGAGUUAUAGAUAGUGUUUAAGUUGUCCAAGUUGAUAGAUAUACAACAUAAAAUUUAUCAUAAACAAAAACAUCCUACUAGGAGAGGAGCUGUGUAGUAGGAAGAGGAAGAUCUCUGUGUAAAAAUGUUUGAUUAACAGAGCCAAUAGAAUUGA